AUGGCAGAAGAAGAAGUGAAGUUGAUUGGUGUUAAGGGAAGCCCAAUUAACCGUAGAGUAGAGACUGCUCUGAAAAUGAAGGGAGUCCAAUAUGAAUUCAUAGCAGAAGAUCUGUCAAACAAGAGUCCUCUUCUUCUCAAGUACAACCUUGUGCAUAAGAAAAUUCAUGUGCUCUUGCACAAUGGAAAGCCAAUUUGUGAGUCUCUAGUUAUACUUGAAUACAUAGAUGAGACAUGGAAGGGCACUCCCAUCUUGCCCAAAGAUCCUUAUGAGAGGAUCAAGGCCCGUUUCUGGGCUAAUCUUUCUACCUUUCACAUACCCAAAACUAAAAUAUGUAAUUGGUUUGUUCAGUGCUUGCCUGUAUUUUGGAAAUGUUGCUGGAGCCAAGGCGAGGAACAAGAGAAGGCCAAAGAAGAAGCUAGUGAGCUGCUGAAAAUUCUUGACAAUGAACUCAAGGAUAAGAAAUUCUUCGGAGGAGACAACAUAGGACUGGCUGAUAUUGCUGCUAAUUUCAUAAGCCAUUGGUUUCCAAUUACCCAGGAAGUAACAGGAGUUGAGGUUUUGACAAAAGAAAAAUACCCAACAUUAUGCGAAUGGAUCAAUGAGUUUGUCAACUGUAGCAUUAUGAAGGAAAAUUUGCAUCCUAAAACUGAACUCGUCGCAUUUUUCCCUCCAAGCUGCUACUGCUUCUAA